GAGGCGGCGGCGGUGGCGUCGCGGGUUGGGGCGGGCGAGGGAGGCGCCGCUGCGCUGCGGCUCGCUCCACCGGGCGUUGCGGGCCGUGACGGGCGGGUGACAUGCCCGGGAGCUGAGAGGCUGCGCGGCCGGGUGUUUGUGGAUUUACUCUCCAGUGAUUACAUACUGCAGUAAUACAAUUAUGGCAACUUUCCAGCCUUUCAAGAAUAGUCAUGUAAAAAAUAAAGCAUCUGUUCGAAAAAACUUCAGCGAAGAUGUGUUUCAGUCUGUAAAGUCUUUGCUACAGAGUGAGAAGGAGCUAUGCAGUGUAUCAGGAGGAGAGUGUUUAAACCAGGAUGAACAUGCCCAGUUAACUGAGGUCACAUUUCUGGGCUUUAAUGAAGAAGCAGAUGCUGCUCAUAUACAGGAUCUGGCUGCAGUUUCACUGGAACUUCCAGACCUUCUGAAUUCACUUCAUUUCUGCAGUCUAAGUGAAAAUGAAAUCAUUUGUAUGAAGGAUAUCAGUAAAACAUCAGAUGUAAGCAGUAGCCCUCUAAAUCAGAGUCAUCAUUCUGGAAUGCUUUGUGUCAUGAGAAUGUCACCUACAUUACCAGGACUCAGAAUUGAUUUUAUCUUUAGUCUCCUGAGUAAAUAUGCUGCUGGCAUAAGACACACCCUGGACACACACUUGGAUCAGAAGCAGCACCUUGAGAGCACUGAUGAAGAUGAUGAUGAUACAAACCAGUCUGUGUCUUCCAUAGAGGAUGACUUUGUCACUGCUUUUGAGCAGUUAGAGGAGGAAGAGAGUACCAAGCUGUGUGAUGAUGAAAUAAAUAUUGCUACACUAAGGAGCUGGUGUGAUGCUGCCUCUCAGACUACUUCGGGUCACCAUUUAGGAACCCAUGAUUUUAAAGUGUUGGUUAAUUACGGACCGCAGAAGUCAUUGGCUAAGCCCUCAUCUUCAAGAAAUGUUGUGGGACACAGAGAAGCAUCUUCUGUGAAAACAUCAGUUACAACAUCAGUUUCAGAGCCCUGGACCCAAAGGAGUCUCUACAGGUCGUCCAGUACUCCAGAUAAAGGCAGAGGCACCCAGGAGACAUCCUUCCCUUCUUCUCCCGUCCACUCCUCGGAGUCUGAGUGCUCAAGCCCAAGUCCUGUGAUUUUUUUGGAUGAAGAGGGAUAUCAAAAAUGUUUAAAAGCGAAACUUGAGCUGCCUGAAAUUCCUGUGACACAGGAUGAUGUAGAGGAUUCAGACUCAGAAGUGAGUGAGUUUUUUGAUAGCUUUGAUCAGUUUGACGAGCUAGAGCAGACUUUGGAGACUUCUUGUCCGUUUAUGAGAGAUCCUGUCAUAGGGAAGUCCUCGAAGAAGGUAGGGCACAAACAUGAAAAAUCUUGUAUGAAUCCUCAGAAAUUCAAGUUUGAGCGUCCAGCUCUUCCAGCUAAUGUUAGAAAGCCAACUCCACGCAAACCCGAGUCUCCGUACGGUCACCUGUCUGAUGCUCCAGAUUCCCCUCGUCCAGUGAUGGCCUCAGAAGACAGUGGGUUGUUUAGCCCUAUUCGAGCCUCUGCUUUUAGUCCUCCUGGAAGCUGUACUCCCGCUGAAUGCUUUUGUCAAACAGAUAUUGGUGGAGAUAGGAUUCAUGAAAAUCAGGAUCCUAUUUACUGCACUUAUGAAGAUUAUGCAAAUAAUCUUUCCUGUGAAGUACUAGGCUCAGUUCUUUAUACUCAGUAUGCAAAUGAAAUGUCAGAUAUAAAUAGUAUUAAAAGAGGAGAAUAUAAUACUGUAGCUUUUAAGCAUGGAGACUCUGAUCAAAAAACUAAAUGUAAAAAGUCUUCAGUGAUUACAGAUAGCGUUCAAAAGUUUGCAGCAGAUCUUGUGGGGAAAAGUUUUGGCAGUGCAUUUAAAGACUUACAGAAAGGAGUUUCUUCGUGUACCAAUGCACUGUGCCAGUUAGCUGUCAAAUUGACAUCGUCUGUAUUUCAGAUGGCAUUUAAUGAACUUAGAAGGCAGUGUGCAUUUUCACUGAAAGAACGAGCCAUUGGUAGCCUGGCUAGUCUUUUGGUGAGUGAAGCCUUAUCAAAUGCCUUGAAAGAUUUACAAUACAUGAAAAAGCAGAUGUUUACAAACACAGUUGCUAGGUUUGCGGCGGACCUUGCAGAAGAGCUUGUUUUUGAGGGUAUCAUGGAAGUGUGUCAGUUUUCAUAUCCUCCAACACCUGCAUCUCCACAGUGUCAGUCAUUUGACUUUGAAGACAAAGUCGUGAAGUCGUAUGCCAAAGAUUUAUCUGAGUCUGUCAUACAAGAAGCAUUCAUAGAGCUGUCACAGACUGAUGUGACCUUCACAACAGAGGCAGCAGCUAAUGUUUCCGUGGGUAAUGUCAGCUACGUGAGCACAGAAGGUAUAGUGCCACCUACACAGACCUUCACAUGCUCAUCAUCUUUGAGCAGUCAAGCAAUUACAAUGACAGAACCAGUGCAGGAGCGUAAGAAGGGAUACACAGUGCAGCAGGCUUUGUUUUGUACUUCAGGAAUUGUCACUUCAAUACCUGUGCCCUUGGCAGGUAGUGCCCUUCUCCCAUAUCAUAUUUCAUCUACUUUGUAUCAGCCCAAGUCUCACUUGUCGUCUGAGCAUAGUAAAUCAAAUGGUAAUUCUACCCAAGAGCGCAUCACCACAGUAAGCAGUGAAGAGGAAAUGGAUUGUUCCAGAAAUACCUGUCUACCUUCAGAACUCAGUCCCCACAACCAGAAUGACUUCAAACCAACCAAUGGUGAUACUGACAUGCAGAGCCCUUCUAGUGGCCCUGUGAUUAUUGGCAACUUUUCUGCAGCAAUGGUACAUACAUUAGUAAAUGAAACCUUAGAGUCCAUGACAUCCUUCAACGGCACAAAAACUGUUGAUACAAAUGCAGAUUAUUUAACCAAAACAAUAAAAGGAAAAGCUUGUCCUCUUUCCCUUUGUGACCAAGCAGCACCACAGCAGAGCAAAGCUAGUAGUAAGGACAUGUUUGCUGAGCAGUUAUCAAAGUCUAUUAUUAAACAUUCCCUGGAUAAAAGCAAAUCAGUGCUUCCAAAUAUAGAUAAAAAACCAGCUAGUAAGGGAUGCAUGCCUGUUCUUGGAGAAGAAUCACAGUUGACCUUGGAGGAAUCUCCCAAAUCCUUUGACUUUCCAGAUCAUUCACCUCACUACUCACUCUUGGCUGGAAAGUAUUGUGUUCCAGAAUAUGGAGAUUCUGUGGGUUUUGGAUUUUCUUCAGAGACAUUGCCACCAUCUCUAAUGAUGACAAGUCAGAAAUCUGACUUAAAGGAAUCUGUGAAGGAUAAACCAGUGAAAAGGCAUAAUUUGAAUAAUACUGCAUUCGAGUCCUUGUCUUUUGGACAGGAAAGCUCUUUACGUCACUCACAUACUUUAUCAUCUGCAGUGCUUACCUGUGUAGAUGGUUUGCAUGUGGAAGAUAAACAGAAAAUCAGAGACCGAAAUGUAAUACCUGAUACUCCUCCAUCAACUCCUUUAGUACCAUCCCAGACUAGUUCUGAAUGGGACAUCAGAAAAUUAAGCAAAAAGCUCAAGGGGGAGUUAGCCAAAGAAUUUGCACCUGCGACACCACCUUCUACACCUCACAACUCAUCUGUUGGUAGUUUGUCUGAGAGUGGACAAAACACUAUGGAAAAGGAAGAGUUCAUGCUGAAACUUAUGCGAUCUCUUUCAGAAGAAGUUGAAAGCAGUGAAAGUGAAGAGCACCCAGAAAUGAAUGUGACGUCAGAGUACUCAGGAAAGAAAAUUCAGUUUGCAGAAGCGUUAGCUACACAUAUCAUUUCUCUUGCAACUGAAGUGGCAGCCUCCCAUUUAGAUCAUGAGAUCACUCAGGAUUUCAAGGUUCAAAACCCUCACUUAACUGUGCAGAGUCAAAGGAGUGUGCUGCCCGCCUCUUUAGGUCAUUUGGAUGAAAACAUACAGAUGUGCAGUUUUGCAAGUAGUGUGGCAGCUGAUGUCAUUGCAGAAGCCGAGCAAAUUGCCAAAGCUAGAAGUUGUGUGCAUUUCAGGCGUGAGGGGAAUGUUUGUCAUGUCGAAGGUGACCAAGGUAAAGCAGAAGAGAAGCUGGGUGUUGCAUACCCAAGAGAAGUGGAUCCAUGUGUUCUUUCAUUACCAAGUUGUAUGCCAGGUCUGACAUAUAAGUACCCCAGUUGUGAAAGUGUGACUGAUGAAUAUGCAGGCCAUGUUAUCCAAGUGUUAAAGCAGGAAGGUGGCAAUGGUGACUUAAUCAUGGAUCAGUAUGCCAGCAGACUGGCCUAUCGGUCUGUCAAGUCAGGAGUGCAAGAAGCAGCUAAGACAGUUAAAUUGAAGUGCAAUUCAAAAAUGUUCCCUGGGCACAAUCCUCAUGUGAAGAUAAACAAGGAACUUUUGAUGUUCUCAAAUAAAGAGCAGCACCAAGAAGUAGAUAAAAAGAGACCAAGAAAAAGAAAUGGUGGCCAUCUUUGCAGAUACCAAAUGUAUGAAAGGAUACAGGAUCCAUGUAGAAACGAACUCUCUGAACUGUAUAGUUUUUCAGCCUCUCUUGCUAGCAGCAUAACAAGAGAUGCUAAGAAACAGCUGACAGCACCUACAGUUGACUUGCGAAAAUCCUCAACAGAUUGUUGUCAUUUUGAAAAAUCUGGAUGUGUUAACAAGAAUGAGAAUAGUAUUGAACCAGAAUUUUUGAAGUCUCAUCAAUCUUUGAAAAACUAUGGAUUUUGCCAGAAUACAGGACACUUAAGGGGACAUGAUUGUAGAGAUAAUGCUCAAUCUAUAGAACAGUAUGCUAGAAAAGUAGUGGGGGACACUUUAGAGCCAAGUUUAGGACCUGCAAUUUUCCAUGUUUCAGAGACUACAACAUCAGCAGAUAGGAUUACUCAUGCAGAAAAAUUGUCACCUCUUAUAAAUGAAGCUUGCAGAUACUGUGACCUUAAGGACCUUCAUGGUUGCACCAGAAAUCCUGCUCAGCCCCUUUCAAAACAGAGUCUGUGUGCUAGUACUAAGCCAGCUUCACAUUCAAAACUUAGUAGCAUCCAUCAGAAAUCGAGAAUUUUUCAUCUUGAUGUGCCUCAAAUUCAUGUUAAUCUUGAUAAAAGGGCAGUGCUUGCAGAGAAGAUAGUUGCAGAAGCUAUUGAAAAAGCAGAGAGAGAGUUGAGCAAUGCCAGUUUGGCAAUUGAUAGUGGAAUUGGACAAGAUGGCAUUAGCUUUGCUGAGAGCCUUACCACAGAAAUCAUGACAACAGCUAUGACAAAUGCUGGGCAUGCUGUUAGCAGUUCAAAAGAAAUAGAAGAUUUUCAGUUAAGUGAGUCAUUUGGCAGCCAACAGAUGAAUCUCAGUGUUGGUGAGGACAGCACGGGUAGCUGGUCCAACUUAAGUUUUGAGGAUGACCAUCAAGAUGAAAGCAGCAGUUUUCACCAUCUCAGUGAAAGCAGUAAUGGUAACAGCAGUAGCUGGAGCAGUCUUGGUUUAGAAGGAGAUUUGUAUGAGGACAAUUUAUCCUUUCCAACAUCAGACAGUGAUGGAGCAGAUGAUAGAGAUGUCGGACAGGAGGAUGGUGUAGAAGAUCUGCAGCAAAAUGGAAAGACUCUGCUAAUUAUGAACAUUGACAUGGAGCCAGGAGCAGUAGAUCCUCAGCUAAGGGUUAUUCUUCAGUGGCUCAUUGCCUCCGAGGCUGAAGUGGCAGAACUUUAUUUCCAUGACUCUCCAAAGAAGGAGUUUAUAUUACUUUCAAAGCAAUUACAAGAGAGAGGAUGGAAAGUGGGAGAUGUCCUUCAGGCUGUGUUUAAAUACUACGAAGUGAUGGAAAAAACUUCAAGUGAGGAAAGAUACAAGUCACUGUUUGAUUGGCUUUUGGAAAAUGCCUAGAACAAACUCCAGACCAGUAUAUUUUAUUGUUUGUUUUAGGAAGUUAAGAACCUGAUGACUCAUGUUUAGGAUAAAAUUCAGAUGCAGAAUAUUAACAUUUUAAUUGAAUUGAGAGGAAAGAAAGAAUCUUUUUAAGUGCUUUCUGUCACCACACUGUAUAUAGUUCAUACUUUUGUAAUCUUUGUCAGAGUAUUCUUUUUACUUAUUCUUUUGUACAUGUGUUUGUGUUAUUACCCUGAGAAAAUAUCUGUACUGGGGGAUCUUCCCCUGAGGCUGGGGCAUUGUCUACAGCAUGUGUUUGGAUAUAUCCAGGGCUGCUGCAAACAGGGCUGAGGCACUGGCCUGGCCCAAGUGAUCCCUUUGUUCCUUUGAAAACAGUUGGCACCUGAUACGGAGGCUGAUACUUGUUGUUUAUUUAUUUCUGAUAACUCUGUAAUCUUUAUGUACUAUUCUUUCAGAACAGUUUUAUUUCCCUACUUCAGCUAUUGGUACUUCGAGAUUUCCCCAGACAUUUAAUUUCUUAGCAGACUCAUUAGUGAUUUAGGUUUCUGUGAACACCAGAAGUGAAUUUCCCUAGCCUUUCAUCAAGUGAUUUGCUGAUGCUGCCUAUUGUUCUGGAAUGAGAAAUAAAAGUGGGGGUGGGGAAAUGUGUUGUGUGAGAGAGAGAGUGUGUGCGAGAAUAACCUUAAACUUCUCCCUAUUUUUAUUUUCAGUGUUUUCUUAGUUAGGACCAUUGUUAACAUUAAAUAAAGUGUCUAAGUAUUGUACAGUAAGAAUUUUGUCCUUUUGAUUUCUUCCACAAAUGAAAAUACAGGUUGUAAAAGAAAUUGAAAUUUUCAAAAUUAAUGUAGAAAUGCACUCAGAGGACCCUAAUAAUGAUUUUCAGUGUUGGAUUUUUGAAGACGAAGAAGAAAAACACCCUGCUUCACCAAGAAUAAUUUCUUUUAGCAUAGUAGUUCUCAGGCUUAUAAUUCUGUGACCCUUUAUGUCGUGGGUGACCCCCAACCAUAAAAUUAUUUCAUCGCUACUUCAUAACUGUGAAUUUGCUAUUUUAUGAAUUAUAAUGUAAAUAUAUCUGUGGUUUCUGAUGGUCUUAAGUGACCCCUGUGAAAGGGUUGUUCACCCCCCAAAAGGUUCUGACCAACAGGUUAAGAAUUGCUGUUUUGGCACAGUAGGUGCCUGUACCCCAAUAAAAUAUAUCUGGACUAUGUUGUGAAGUC